AUGGAGCCCCGCAAAACCCCUCCGGAGUACUUCCUGGAGAUCUUUGCCGACACCACCACCGUGCGCGAUGUCCUCAAAGGCGUUCUAAACCUCAUCUUCUUCCACCGCUACUUCCCUUCCAUCCGGCCCGUUACCUUCGACGUCCUGGACUUUACCCUCCCCGCAAUCAAUGACGCAGAUCUUGAGACGCUCAUCGAGUCCCGUGUGAGCGCCCUUGUUCGCCAACACCUCUCCUCUGCUGCGGGGGCGCAGGACGGGAAUGGGGGUGGUGGGGGCGGGGGUGUCCGAGGUCGCAUUGCCGUGGAGUUCUAUGAGAAGAAGCGGCGGCGUUCGGGCAUGUGGUUUGGUGGGCUUGCUGGAAAGGGCGAGGAGGAGGUUUGCUGGGAGAUCUGGACGUUGGAUGUUACCAUUGCGACGCCACGGACUGAGUCUGAACGAGCCAAAGUCCGUAAGGCCAUGGGAAAUAUGCUCCAGAAAGCCGCGCUCAAGAUCCUGAAUGUCGUCAACAGAGACAAAGAUCACAUCCCACCCAUCACAACCAGCGACUCAAAUCCUUUCCCCUAUCGAAUCGUCGUCAAUCCCCGAACGGACGGUUGGGGAGCCAUGCGCCGCCUGUACUGA